AUGAGGGUUAUAGAACUAGUCAUUGAUGGCUUCAAAUCAUAUGCCAUCCGGACCGUCAUAUCGGGAUGGGACGCAAGCUUCAACUCGAUCACAGGCCUGAAUGGGAGCGGAAAGUCCAAUAUCCUCGACGCGAUAUGUUUCGUUCUCGGCAUCACCAACGUGAGCGUGGUGCGCGCGCAGAACCUCCAGGACCUUAUUUACAAGCGCGGACAAGCCGGAGUCACGAAAGCGAGCGUUACAAUCACAUUCGACAAUAGUAACAAGAAGACGAGCCCGAUCGGCUUCGAGGAAUAUGCGCAGAUUUCGGUCACCCGCCAGAUCGUGCUGGGCGGUACCAGCAAGUACCUCAUCAAUGGACACCGUGCCCAGCAGCAGACGGUCCAGAACCUAUUUCAAUCCGUUCAACUGAAUAUCAACAACCCGAAUUUCCUGAUCAUGCAGGGUCGAAUCACGAAGGUUCUGAAUAUGAAAGCGGUGGAAAUCCUAGCGAUGAUCGAGGAGGCGGCAGGGACGCGCAUGUUCGAAGAUCGACGUGACAAGGCUAUCAAGACGAUGGGCAAGAAGGAGUUGAAGUUACAAGAGAUUUCCGAGCUUCUGACUGAAGAGAUUGAGCCGAAAUUGGAGAAAUUACGUCAAGAAAAGCGGACGUUCCUCGACUACCAACAGACACAAAGCGACUUGGAGCGUUUGACACGAUUGGUGGUCGCCUACGACUACGUCCGGUAUAACCAAAAGCUAUCAAGCGCCGCAGACGAUCUCGAAGCCAAGAAAAACCGGGUACAAGCAUUAGAGGAGUCUGCCAUCCGACUGAAGCGAGAAAUUGACUUCCUCCAAGAAGAUAUCAACAAGGUUAAGUCUGCAAGGGAGAAGGAGCUGCGAAAAGGGGGCAAAUUCCAGGCGCUGGAGGAACAAGUCAAAACUCAUUCCCACGAGAUCGUCCGACUCACGACCGUCAUCGACCUCAAGACUUCGAACCGAAACGAAGAAGUCGACAAACGCCGCCAGCUAGAAGUCAGUGUUAAGGAUCUGGAGCAGCAGCUGGCGGAGAAGACCACGAUUCACGAGAAACUCGAGGUACAGUACGCGAAGGCCCAAUCCGAAUUUGAGCGAGAGAGCAAAGAAUUCGAGCAAAAGGAAGAGCUGUUGCAGACACUCCAAACCGGUGUUGCGUCACGGGAGGGGCAGGAGGGCGGCUACCAAGGCCAACUACAAGCCGCGCGGACACGAGCAAGCGAAUCUGCCACCCAGCAAGAGCAGGCAAGACUAAAGAUCAAGCAUCUCGAGCAGCAGAUCAAAGAAGAGGAGCCGCGUGCCAAAAAGGCGAAAGAGCAAAAUUCCGAUCUACUGAAGGGCCUCGAUGCGCUGCAUGCCCAAGCGAAGAAACAGGAAUUCGAUUUGAACCGGCUGGGAUUCGAGCCGGGGAUGGAGCAAGACCUGUACCAACAGGAGUCGCAUCUACAACAGCGGGUACGAGACCUUCGAAGUCAGGCGGAUGGCUUGCGUCGGAGGGUUUCGAAUAUCGACUUCACAUACCACAAUCCGACCCAAAAUUUCGACCGGUCGAAAGUCAAGGGUCUCGUCGCGCAAUUGUUUAACUUGAACAAGCAGCACACACGAGCCGGUACAGCCCUUGAGAUCUGCGCCGGUGGCCGGUUAUACAAUGUCGUCGUCGAUUCCGCCGAAACCGGUACGCAGCUCCUGCAGAAUGGCAGGUUGAAGAAGCGGGUCACGAUCAUCCCGUUGAACAAGAUCGCGGCGUUCAAAGCGUCGGCCCAGAAGAUCAAUGCAGCGCAGAGAAUCGCCCCGGGGAAAGUCAACCUUGCGCUGGAGCUGAUUGGCUACGAUGAUGAGGUCUGCGCGGCCAUGGAGUAUGUGUUUGGAUCGACCCUAGUCUGCGAAGAUGCCGCGACUGCGAAGCGGGUGACGUUUGAUCCGGCGGUUCGGAUGAAGAGCGUCACGCUCGAAGGCGAUGUGUACGACCCUUCUGGUACGCUUUCGGGAGGUAGUGCGCCGCAUUCAAGUGGAAUGCUUGUGACGCUUCAGAAACUCAAUGAGACCAUGGCUGAAUUGUCCGCCGCUGAGCAAGAGCUAUCUGCUCUGCACGAGACACUUUCUCGAGAGAAGCAGCGGUUGGAUGCAGCCAGAGGCCUAAAACAGGGUCUUGACCUCAAACAGCAUGAGAUCAAGCUGACGGAGCAACAAAUCAGUAGCAACUCGUCUACCUCCAUCAUCCAGGCCGUUGAAGAGAUGAAAGCAACCAUAGUGCAGCUCAAGCAAGAUAUUUCCGAGGCGAAGGCUGCACAUAACGAAGCCUCCAAGGAGGUCAAGCGUGUGGAGCGAGACAUGGAAGAGUUCAGCAAGAACAAGGACAGCAAGCUCGCCGAGCUGCAAUCAUCCGUCGAGAAACUCCGAAAGGCCCUCACAAAGGCAUCAGGUACCAUGAAGCCAUUGCAGCAAGAGAUGCGAGACGCCAAAGUCGAGCUUGAACAGUGUUCGGCCGAUCUUGCCGCGACGCAAGAGCAGGGACAAGAUCUCGACGUGACGCUAAAGUCACUUCAAGAUGAGGUCGACGCGCUCGUGGCGGACCAGUCCAGCGCCAAAGAAGCUCACGACCAAGCGAAAGCCAACCUGGAUACAGAACAGGCCAAACUGACCGGUUUCGACGAAGAGCUCCGGGCGUUGGAACAGGCUUCCCGGUCGAAGUCCGCGUUGACCACGGAGGAGGGCCUGGAAUUGCAACGUCUCGGACACCAAGUUGACAAAGCCGAGAAAGAAGAACAAUCCGCCUCCCACGCUAUCGGCCACAUGGAAAAAGAGCACGACUGGAUCGCCGACGAGCGCGAUGCCUUCGGACGCGCCGGCACCCCAUACGACUUCAACGGGCAGAACAUGUCCGAAUGCCGCACGAACCUCAAAAGCCUCGUCGAGCGCUUCCAAGGGAUGAAGAAGAAGAUUAACCCGAAGGUGAUGAGCAUGAUCGACAGCGUGGAGAAGAAAGAAGCCAGCCUGAAGCACAUGAUGCGCACGGUGAUCAAGGACAAGAAGAAGAUCGAGGAGACGAUCGUCAAUCUGGACGAGUAUAAGAAGGAGGCGCUGCAGACGACGUGGGAGAAGGUCAACGGUGACUUCGGACAGAUCUUCAAUGAGCUGUUGCCGGGGAGUUUCGCGAAAUUGGAUCCGCCUGAGGGGAAGACGAUCGCGGAUGGGUUGGAGGUGAAAGUCAGCCUGGGCAAGGUGUGGAAGCAGAGUCUCACCGAGCUGAGCGGUGGUCAAAGAUCGCUCAUCGCGCUGUCACUCAUCAUGGCUCUACUCCAAUUCAAACCGGCGCCGAUGUAUAUCCUCGACGAAGUCGACGCCGCGCUCGAUCUCUCCCACACGCAGAACAUUGGGCGGCUGAUCAAGACGCGGUUCAAGGGAUCGCAGUUUAUCGUGGUCAGUUUGAAGGAUGGGAUGUUCCAGAACGCGAACCGUAUCUUCCGGACGAGGUUUAGUGAGGGGACCAGUGUCGUUACCGCAUUGACGCCGGCGGACUUAAAGUAG